GAACCCUCAGUUCGAGUGCUCAGUUCUUCCAUUCGUCGUUACGUUGUGACCACGUUGUGACCACACUUAACUUACUAAAGGUCGGUGUACUGCGCAUGCGCCUUACUUGGAUCUCUAAAGAAAAGAUGUUCAUCAUGAGAGAGCAGAUGGAUGUGAUCCACGCUGGAGAACAGCAGAUGCUGCAGAUACCAGUGAAGAUGUGUUCAGUGAAGCUGAUGAAGAUGAGAGAAGAAAUCAAAGUAGAGGAACAACAGAGUGAUGAUGAUGAAUUCAAAGAGGAACAACAGAGUGAUGACGAUGAUGAUGAAAUUGAAGAGAAACAGCAGGAUGAUGAUGAUUAUGAACCUACAGUAGAGGAACAACAGAGUGAUGAAGAUGAUGAUGAAACCACAACAGAGGAAGAACAGAGUGAUGAUGAUGAUUUUAUUGCUUCAGAGCUGAUGGAAGUGAAAGAGGAAAAUCAAGAGCUGAAUGAAGUGGAGGAGAUACAUCAUGAUUUCACAACUGGAGAAAAUAGUUUUUCACUAAAAAUGCCUCAAAUGAGAACAGCCGAAAAUUCUUACAUCUGCUCUCAGUGUGGAAAAGUUUUAAAAGAUAGAAGAAACCUUAAUAAGCACAUGAGGAUUCAUAGUGGAGAGAAGCCUCACACGUGCCAUCUGUGUGAAAAGAGCUUCACUCGUAAAGAACAUCUUACAUUGCACACAAGAGUUCACACUGGAGAGAAGCCUUAUACGUGCCAACAGUGUGGAAAAGGUUUCAGACGUAAAGAUCACCUUAAUAUGCACGCAAGAGUUCACACAAUAAAGAAGCCUUACAGGUGCCAUCAGUGUGGAGAAGUUUUCAAACGUAAAGAACACUUUAUUCUGCACACAAGAAUUCACAUAAAGAAGUCUUACACGUGCCAACUGUGUGGAGAAGGUUUUGCAUGUAAAGAAAGUCUUAAUGUGCACUCAAAAACUCACACUGGAGAGAGGCCUUUCAAGUGCCAGCAGUGUGGAAAAGGUUUCACAGAUAAAAGAUACCUUAAUAAGCACAUAAGGAGGCAUGCUGGAGAGAAGCCUCACACGUGCCAUCUGUGUGAAAAGAGUUUCACGCGUAAAGAACAUCUUACUGUGCACACAAGACUUCACACUGGAGAGAAGCCUUAUACGUGCCAACAGUGUGGAAAAGGUUUCAUAAGUAAAGAUCACCUUAAUAUGCACACAAGGCUUCACACUGGAAAGAGGCCUUACGCAUGCCAUCAGUGUGGAAAAGGUUUCAUAGAUAAAGGAAGUCUUAAUAGGCACACAAGGAUUCAUACCGGAGAGAAGCCUCACACGUGCCAACUGUGUGGAAAGAGUUUUGCACGUAAAGAACGUCUUACUGUGCACACAAGAGUUCACACUGGAGAGAAGCCUUAUACGUGCCAACAGUGUGGAAAACGUUUCAAACGUAGAGAACACUUUAAUCUGCACACAAGAUUUCACACGAAGCCAAACAUGUGCCAACUCUGUGGAAAAGGUUUCGUAUGUGCAGCUAGUCUCGCAUAUCAUCUCCGCUGUCACUCUGGAGAAAGGCCAUUUAAAUGUGAUAAAUGUGAUAAAACAUUUGUUGUGGAAUCAGUCCUAAAACAACAUCUGAAAACUCACACAGAUGAGAAGCCUUACAAGUGUUCUUUUUGUGGAAAGAGUUUUGUACACCUGUCCUAUUUUAAACAGCACCAGAAAAUACAUACUGGUUCUGGGAUUAAUAAGUGCUUUGAAUGUGGGAGGACCUGCACUACAGCCGCUCACUUGAAAGAGCACCAAAGAAUCCAUACUGGAGAGAAACCUUUUAUGUGCUCGUACUGUGGAAAGACUUUCACUCGGCCAGAGCACCUGAAAAAACAUGAGAGAAUCCACACUGGAGAGAAACCUUACAAGUGCUCACACUGUGGAAAGAGUUUCACUCUGUCACAAAACAUGAAAGCACAUGAGAGAAUUCAUACUGGAGAGAAACCAUACCACUGCUCUUCAUGUGGAAAAGGUUUCAACCGAUCAGGUCAUCUACAGCAACAUGUAAAAAGCAAUUGCCCAAGUAUUCACAAUGAGCAAGAAUCAUCUUCAGAUCCAACGAUGUCAAAUGCUGUGACGAAAAGUAACCGGGCCACCGCAUCUGAAGUGCAAGCUGCGAUUUAAAAUGUGGCUCCGCAAUGCUAGAGACAGGGAUGAGGG